AUGGCAGCAUCAGAUAAUACAACAAGUGUAGAAGAAGCCUUCCAAGAAGCCAUAGAUGUGACAACUAAUGCUUUACAUCGUGAUGAAUGGUGGGGUGUUGGAAGACAACUCAAUGUACCAGAGAGUGAGUUGAGUAUUUUGAAGGAAGACUUCCCAGAAAACACAAGAGAACAAAUCCAUCAAAUGUUCGAAAUAUGGAAAAGGAGUAAGGGGUGGCAGGCAACAAUAGACGUCCUUGUCGGUGCUUUGGACAAUAUGGAAUUAAAACAUGUGGCUGCUUUGGCACAGAAAAAGUACAGACGGUUUCUUGACGCAGAAAUUGGUAAAAUGGUCCAAAGCAGUCGUGAAAACGUUAUUGAAAUUGGGGCUGAUAAAAAAGUAAUAAUUCCAAAGAAUGCUGUGUAUAGAAAAGUGAGAAUAACAGUGAGAGAAAAGAACUAUGCUGAUGCUCCUAGAAUACCAAUAGGUUUUCAGCCUCUCAUGCCAAACGUGUUAUGCCUUCGUCCAGAUGGAUGUCGUUUUCGACAUGCCUUACACUUCUCAUGCUCUGUUGAUACACCUUCCGAAAUGCCAAUUGUCGUGGCACUUACAAGUAACGGCACUGAGCCAUGGGAGGAACUGAAAGCAUGGCAGGUUAAAGACAAGAAGCAGGUUUUAAAUCGCAGGGAACGCGAUGUUAAUCAGGCAAUAGAAAUCGCUACACAACGUCUCCCGAAAAUGCACUGGAAGAAGGUUGGCAGAAAACUGGGACUGGGAGAAUCAGACUUUGAUAGUAUUACGACUAAACAUCCGCCGAAUUUUCCCGAACAGAAAAGGGAGAUGUUCAGCUUGUGGAGAAAUAGGGAGAGGGAGGGGGCGACUACUGGACGAUUACUGGCCGCACUCAAAGGGUCGGUUUUACACGACUUAAGUGAAGAGAUCGAAAAAGCUUUGAAAGAUUCGGUGCUGAAAACAGCGAUAGAUGUACUGAAAAAGUCUCUCAGAUGCAUGGAUUCACGACGGCUUGGGAUCAGAUUAGGUUUGUCUGAUGCCGAUCUGAACAGCUUGGAACAUGACUACCCGCGUGAUCUGAGAGAACAAAUUUAUCAGAUGUUUGAAAUGUGGAAAGGAAGGCGGGGAAACAAAGCAACGAUUGCAAUUCUGAUUGCUGCCUUGAAGGACGAGGGCUUGAACAACAUGGCACAGUACAUUGAACAACUUGUGGGCUCUGAAAAAGGAAGAGGAAACGAGGUUAUAGUCAGAACAAUAGACACCUACGAAGAUGUCGUGUGUGUAACCGAGAAGAUCAAGGUUGAGGUGCCACGAAAUGCUGUACCGGAAGUGGUCAGCCUAACAUUCCAAGCAAAGCAAAUGGAUGCUCGGAAAUUAUGCAUUGGUCCUCGUGAACCUGACAUUAUAGAAUGUUUAGAACUUGGUCCAGAUGGAUAUAAAUUCUUGAAACCACUCACAUUAUGCUACAAAUUGCCGAAGGUUGUGUUAGAGAGGAGUAAUGUGAUCAUACUAGCACUAACUAGUGAAAAUUGUACUGGUCCAUGGACUAAACUUAAAACCUGGAAGGAAGGCAGUAAUAUCAAAGUGGAAGUCGAACACUUUUCCUAUUUAGCUAUAGUGUUCCAAAAGAAAGAUGAGACCAUUAAGAUGAAAUAUGCAGAGAAAAAGCUGGCAAAAGAAAGAGAUCAAAAGUUGAAAUCUGUUGUAAGCAAAAUUUCGCCUGCACUUCGCUCGAGAGACUGGAAGUCCGUAGCUAGAGCUUUGCAUUUUAUCGAGGCAGACAUUGAUGCUAUAGAAAAGGAUUAUGCUAACGAUUUUCAAAAGCAGAAAGACGAGAUGUUUCAUAGAUGGAGAUCUAGAGUAAAGCAUAAUGCAUCAGCUGAAACAUUAAUAGAUGUGCUUAUAGAACUAGAGAUGUAUAAAUUAGCUGAAGAAGCAGAGAAAGCACUUACCGUCAUGAAAACGGAUACAAAACAGAAGAAAUCUAUUUUUAAAAGCAGUGCUGUUAACAUCGGACUGUAACCACAAUACCAAGAAUUUCUUCAUAUCAACUCUUGUGAGCUGAAUUUUAAAUAAUAUGUGUUCCAUGCGCGUUAAAUGAAAUUCUUGACAAAUCCAAGAUUGAAGACAUGUCAACCAUGUUGUUAUCAUUAUAAAGCCACUUUUAACAGCCUCGUGCUGCCACCAAAGAAAUCCGCC